AUGGCUUCGUUGGACGAGGCGAGAUUGGCGGAUAAGGCAGCAAUCGUCAACAUUGAGGAACAGCUUGAAAAAGAUGAACAGGAAGAGUGGGAGUACGAAUACUCAACCAUCGAAACAGAGACAUACUACUUGACUGUCGAUCUUUCUUUUCCAGAAUUUAAGGACCGACAGCCAAGGGCGCCUCACCACAGCCGCGGCGGGUAUUACAAAACCUGGCUCGACCACAAUCCUAGUUUGAGAGGUGUUCAUGCUGAGGAUGAUGACGACAAUGACAAUGAGCCACUCCCAGAACGAGAGGCUGAUGACGACGAACCUGAAAUCGAUCCAGCACUAAGCAAUGACAAAGAUAAAGGCAAAGCAGUCGACAGAGGCGAGCCAGAGGACGACACGAGAGACGAUGUGGACAAGACACGUGAUGAGAAUGAAAACAUCCAGAUUCUUGAGCUACAUUCAGAAAAGCCGGUCAUCUCAUACAAAGGACGCACAUUCGAGGGGUCGUGGGCGGAAGUCAUUGGCACCGAAGCUAUCUUUACGGCACGCGACAGCGACCGCCCCCUCCCUGCUCUGCGCCAUCUAGAUGGAAAUAUUGAUUUUCUCGGCGCAUGUGCGUCAAGAAUCGCCACUAAAGAGACUGUUGUCAAGCCAAAAAUGAUCAGGGAGGACCCAUUAGCCGCUAUCAGGGAGGAAUGGAACAUUCGAAUUCCUGUUGGAAAAGACAGGUCGGGAGAAAGAGCUGAACAGACACGGUUCCUAGAAAACUUGAUGGCGAUCAAGAAGAGGAACAAGGAGAAGGAUCAGGUCACCGUAUGGGCUAAAGACGGCGAGGGUCAGGACUUCAAAGACAACCGAGAUCCUGACUACAAACCCAGGCGAAGAAGAAGAUUGCUCAAUGAGGAUGGAGAGGAAGUCAUUCCAAAACGUGAGAGACGACGUGCAAGUGGGCGCAGGGGCGGCCGUCCCAGACUUCGACCCGGGGUUGUUCGUGGACGGGGCCCAACGGCCCCAACUCGAUCGGCAACUAGAGAUCUGGAAAGUACUGUGCAUGAAGGGAAUAUGUCAACUCCUACUCCAAGCAGAUGGAAUGAACUGCAUGGAAGAGCCGAUGAAUACAUGGACCAUUCUGACGAUGAGGAUGACACGGACGAAGAAGAUGAAGAAGAUGACGACGAGGACAUGACAAUGGCAGAUUGA